GUUGCUUGAAUUUCCAGCAUCUGCAGAAUUCCUGUUGUUUGCGUUGUCCUGCCCCCGUUUGGUCACUUGCUUGGUUCAGUGUUUCCAAGUGACAGGUCAAACAUUCUGAUAGUCCACUUCAUUGUACCUCAGGUGGAAAAGGGGCGAUGGGUGGGAAGGAAAUUGUUUUCUCCCAUAACAGUCAACAUAUUGUCAAUGAAGUUGCUCUUUGGCUCAUGGUCUGGGUCCUAUGAUCUCAAGCUUUCCAGGUUUGAUCGAAGAAUUCAUUAAUUAAUGAGGAUCACUAAAGUUCCUAGGUGGACUCCCAAUUUACUACAAAAGGGUUUGCUUCCUGGGUCCAGGAACCUGUGGGUGACAACCAUCCCAAGGGCCAAGAGAAUGACAGAGACUGUGACUGUUUUUGGUGCUGACAGGCAGCAGGGGAAUGCUGUUGCCACUGCCUUGCUGGAGGAUGGUGGUUUCAUUGUGCGUGCAGUAGUGCGAGAGUUAACCUCUCCCACAGCUCAGCUACUCCAGGCAGAUGGGGCACACAUCACACUGGCUGACGCUAAUGACCCAGCGAGUGUGGACUCUGCUCUGCUUGGUGCACAGAAGUGCUUCGCGGUCACGCACACUGACUUUAACAACAGGGAUCCGCUGCAGGAUGAAAUUCAGCAGGGAUACAGGAUGGCUGACGCAUGCAAAAAGCACAACAUCGGGCAUAUUGUUCUGAGUGGGGCCCAUCACGUCCACAGGAAGUACAGCCUCCCGGCCAGGCACAUGGAUGCAAAAGCCUGCAUUAAUGAUUACAUGAAUGAAAUAAAUUUGCCCAAGACUGAGAUAAUAGUUCCAUUUUACUUUGAACAUUUUCUGACAAAAUUUAAACCAAAGCCAGUUGGAAAUAACACUUAUAAAAUUGCCAUUCCAAUGGGAGAGGUUGCCAUGGAUGGAAUGAGCAUCAAACAGAUUGGUCCAAUCGUGACAGUUUUAUUUAAAAACCCGGAGCGCUGGAUGGGGAAGAGCUGCUUUCUAUCUGCAGGCAGGCUGACAGUCCCGGAAUAUGCACAAAUCCUGACUCAUCACCUGCGUCCCAAACAGUUUAAAGAUUCCCGGAUUUCUGUCCGAGAGUUUGUGGAGUCCUAUGGAAGACCGGGGGCUCAAGACUUUGGGAACAUGUUUGAAUUUUGGAAGAGAGGUGGACAGAAAAUGAACAGCACUAUGAGUUUUGAACUCUAUCCGGAGUUACAAACGUUCCAGCAGUGGGUUUCAGCCAACACCAUUUCACUGGACAGUUAACUGGCAGUACCAACAACAGCCAGUCCUGUGGCUGGAACAAAAUGCAUGUUUCUGAAAUGUUUCCAAAGACAUGAUGUGGGUCUUCAGUAAACUUGUAUACCAAAUACUCAAAAAUAAAGUUAA